GCUCUCUCUCAUAAAUUUUAAUAUAUCAAAUUGCGAAGAGAAAUGGCGGCAGUGCUUAAUAUUGACGUCGACAAACUUACCUACGAAAUCUUCUCCGUCCUCGAGAACAAUUUCCUCUUCGGCGGCUACGAUCCAAAGCUCUCCCAACACUUGAAAUCAACGCCGUCCUCCAAGGUCAGGAUCCUCUCCAUCGACGGCCGCGGCGCCACCGACGGCAUCCUAGCCGCCACUUCCCUCGCCCGCCUCGAGGCCACCCUCCGCCGCAUAUCCGCCAACCCCGAUGCCCGCAUUGCUGACUUUUUCGACGUCGUGGCCGGAUCCGGCGCCGGCGGCAUCCUCGCCGCCGUUCUCUUCACUCGCGGCAAAGACGGCGCCCCAUUGCUCACCGCCGACCAGGCCCUCAAGUUCCUCGUCCGGAACCGUCGUAAGAUCUUCCCGUCCUCGCCGUCGGGGGUUUUAGGGCGGUUUAUCCGGCCGGCGAAGGCGGAGAGGCUCUUCCGUAAAACAUUCGGAGAAUCCACUCUGAAGGACACUUUGAAGUCGGUUCUGAUACCCUGCCACGACCUGUCCACGAACGCGCCGCUUCUCUUCUCCCGCGCGGAUGCCCUGGAAAUGGACGGCUACGAUUUCAAGAUGAGGGACGUGUGCGCUGCCACCUCGGCGGUGAGGCCCGUGGAGAUAGCGUCGGUAGACCGGAGGACGAGGUUGGUGGCCGUGAGCGGUGAAAUCGCGAUGAACAAUCCAACGGCUGCGGCAAUUACGCACGUGCUACAUAACAAGUUGGAAUUUCCACUUUGUAAGGGAGUGGAGGAUCUGCUGGUUGUGUCCUUGGGAAACGGAGUGUCUGAAUGUGGUAUUGGAAGUCCGCCCGCUGGCCUUGUAGGCAUUGCCGGAGAAGGAGCUGCUGACAUGGUGGAUCAAGUAGUUUCACUGGCGUUUGGUGAGUGUCGGACAAGUAAUUAUGUUCGGAUUCAGGGAAAUGGCAGUCUAGGUAAAAAGCAUGUUGGGGAUGAGGAUAUAUUGGGAAUCACAGAAAAUAUGUUGGCACAGAAAAAUGUGGAGUCUGUUUUAUUUAAAGGGAGGAAGAUGGGCGAGAGCACAAAUAUGGAGAAGCUAGAAUUGUUUGGUGGACAAGUGAUAAAAGACGAAGAGAGGAGAAAAAGCAGCAUUUUGGGAACCGUGGCGCUGAAGCAAACAUCGCCUUCCCCAAGAACGUCUUCUGCAACUACUCUAUCAACUCUAUCUUCCUCCUCCUCCUCCUUGUGAAAUCAGCUGAUUUCAUUGUUUUUUCUUUUCAUCUAUGUAUAUACACAUGAUAUGGUUUUUCCAAAAUUAUAUUAAGCCAAAGAUUGCUACUUUUUCUUUUUGGGCUUUGGGUAGUUUGCAUUUUCACUUAAUUGGGGUGAUUUGGAAUGUUCCAGCUCCACCUUGAAUCAAGAAUAGCAAAGUUUCAUGAAACUGUUG